AUGCUCUCUGUGAGGAAACUGAAGCUUGGGCGUCACUGGACCUUCCAACAGGAUCAUGACCCCAAGCAGACCUCACGUCCCACCAAGACUUGGCUGCAGAAGAAGUCCUGGAAGAUUUACAGUGGCAUUCACAGCCAGCUGACUGGAACCUCAAAGAAAAUCUCUGAGGAGGAGCUGAAGAGGCUGCGGGAAGAAACAAACGUGGACUCUCUGCGGCACGAGCUGGAGAGAGAACGGAGUAAAAGGAUAGACCUGGAGCAGAAGAUAAAUGAAGUACUCAAGACGAGACUAGAGGACUCUCCGCCACAGCCUGAACAGACACAGCAGUCACCUUUGUACCAUGAACCAGCAGAGAAAGAAGUGAAGGACUCCUGGAGUCUGCGGCUUCAGAAGUGGCUUCAUCAGCGGUUUGGGGUUUACAUUGAAGACUUUCGCUUUCAGCCGGAGGAGUGCACCGUGGAGGCCGAGGAACCACUGAGCGCUAAAAGGUUAACAGAAAACAUGAGGAGACUCAAGCGAGGAGCCCGGCCAGUCACAAACUUUUUAAGGAACCUCUCUGCCUUAUCCAGCUGGCACUCUGUCUACACUUCAGCUGUUGCCUUCACUGUUUACAUGAAUGUGGCCUGGCAUGGUUGGGCCAUCCCUCUGUUCCUCUUCCUGGCAAUCCUGCGCUUGUCUUUAAAUUACCUGAUUUCCAGAGGCUGGAGGAUCCAGUGGAGCAUCGUGCCUGAGGUCUCAGAACCCGUGGAGCUUCCAAAGGAAGACUUGACUGUAUCUGAGAAAUUCCAGCUCGUACUUGAUGUUGCACAGAAAGCACAGAACCUGUUUGGUAGAAUGGCCGAUGUUUUAGAGAAGAUAAAGAACUUGUUGAUGUGGGUGCAGCCACAAAGCACUCGUAAACUUUACAUCUGCCUCUGGGUAGCUUUCAUCACCUCCUGCAUCCUGCCGUAUGAACUACUGGGCUUCAUGAUGGGCCUAUACGCAGGUAUCAAGUUCUUUAUCAUAGACUUCCUGUUUAAGAGCUGUUCAAAGCUGCGGGACAAGUAUGACACGCCUUACAUCGUGUGGAACAGCCUCCCUACUGACCCCCAGCUCAAAGACAGGACCACCGUGUCACGAAGGAUUCAGCCAGCCGUUUCUCGUAGCCCUGCCACUCUUCUAUGUGGUGCAAACAGAGAGGAGGAGAUAAGUCGCCCCCACAGCACCAGAAAGAGUUCCUUUCAUGAGAUCUUCAACCUCCGGGAGUCAGAGCAUCCUCUGGCAGUUUGUGAGAAUGGUUGGAGAUGCUGCCUCAUAAACAGAGACAGGAAGAUGCCCACAGACUACAUCAGAAACGGGCUGCUCUACGUAACAGAGAGUCACCUGUGCUUUGAGAGUUCCAGCUCCAGAUCCAGCUCCUCCAAAAAGAAUAAAGUCAUCAAGCUUGAGGACAUCACCGACAUCCAGAAGUAUAAAGUGUUGUCUGUCCUACCUGGAAGUGGAAUGGGCAUCUCUAUAGCAACUCCCUCUACACUGAAGCCUCUGGUGUUUGGUGCCAUGAUCCACCGAGACGAAGCUUUUGAGGCCAUCUUUAGCCAGUAUACGAAGGUCAUGACCAUCAGCAAGCCAACGGCCAGCACGGAGCUCUGA